AUGUAUGCGUGUAAAAGGAUAGGUCGGUCCAUACCGUCCUUGUGUUUCUAUUGGAUGGAUGGUGUAGUGUAUACGGCACCAGCAGGGUGCGCUUGGGAGGAACUCUAUUUCUCCGCUUGCGCAUCACCGGAUGGCAUCGGGAAUGUGUCGCUGCCACCGGCGACCGUGCUCGGUGCUGGAGGCGGAUGGGUCCCGUUGGAAGGACGGAUUCGUGGAGACGCCGUGGGGGUCGAAGAAGCCAACGGCGUGGUGGAACUCGACGGGGUGUUUUUCUCGGCUUGUUUCUUUUCCAACGCGUGCUCGUUUCGGGAUUGGAGCCGACGCGCGAGCUCGCCCUGGUGGUUGGGUUCCCAACACCCGUUUGUAUAG